AUGGUUGCUAACCAGAAGUGGUACCCAGCAGAGCAAGUUUCUGUUGCUAAAAAAUCAAGGAAGACUGCUAAAGCACAAAAGUUGAGAUCCACUUUGAAACCAGGUGCUGUUCUCAUCUUGCUGGCUGGCAGAUUUAGAGGGAAAAGAGUUAUUUUUUUGAAAAGCCUCGACGACAAUACCUUGCUCGUGUCCGGACCAUUCAAAGUCAACGGCGUUCCAUUGAGAAGAGUUAAUGCUAGAUAUGUCAUUGCAACCUCUACUAUUGUGGACAUUGCAGGCCUCGAUCUCUCCAAGUAUGAUGUCGCAUAUUUCGAUAAAGACAAACCAGAAAAAGGUUACAAAUCCGAAAAAGAAUUCUUUGGUGAAAGUGCGAAGAAAGAGAUCAAAAGUGACAGAGUAGCCGAUCAAAAAUCCAUUGAUAAGGCUUUGAUCACUGAAAUUAAGAAAACGCCAUUUCUCAAACAAUACUUGGCAUCCUCUUUUUCUUUGAAAAGUGGUGACAAGCCACAUGCAAUGACCUUCUGA